AUGGCAUGCUUAGACAUGUACAACAACUCGGACCACAAGCGUGAUGAUAAUCAUCAUCAUCAUCAUCAUCAUCAACAGCAACAUCAUCAGUGCGCUCCAAUGAGCCCUAGAAUCUCUUUCUCAAAUGACUUUGUUGAUGUGCAGCAAGCCAUGAAGCAACAGGAACAAAGAGGCUCAAGAUCAGACGCGCCUGCAGUGUCCUCAGACUUCGAAUUUUCAGUCACAAACUACUCCAUGAUGAGUGCUGAUGAGCUUUUCUUCAAGGGCAGGCUGUUGUCGUACAAGGACAAUUACAACAACCACAUGAUCCAGCAAAGGGCCACCACCACCACUCUCAAGGAAGAGCUCCUCAUAAAUGAUGAUGAAUAUGAUCAGGGUUUUUCUCUCAGGCCACCCAAGGCUUCCUCAACAAGGUGGAAGGGGCUUUUGGGGCUCAGAAAGACUCACAUCGGCUCCAAGAAGCCUCACAAGAGUUCUGAAACUUCUUCAGAACCAAAGUCUGCAGUGGCCAAUGAAGCGCCUCCAAUUAAUGUCACUUCUUCUCAGGAACUGUUAAAUGAAGGAGGCUCAAAUUAUGGACCUUACGGGGUUGGUGAUAGUAUCGAGUAUUUGUAG